UGUCCAGCAGCAAGCAGACGACUUUUGAAACGGUACGAUGAAAGUAGCUAUUGUAAUUUUCCUGAGCCUAGGUCUUGGGGCCCAUAGUUACUAUUUUCGUCCACCCCAGGGUAUAGUGAACUAUGGGAACCAGGUGAUCUACAGCAAUGCGCUCAGAUACAAACUCCAGGAGAUCGCCAACUUCUUCGGGUCCGUCACUGUAACCAGCGGAUUGCGUCAAGGCGGAGACCCCCACCACGCAGUUGGUCAGGCGGCAGACAUCGUUGUACCGGGCCUCGAUCCCAAAGUUGUAUAUGAUCGUCUCAGAAUGAGUGGCAUUAUUAGCACGGAUUAUAUCGUCAUGUACCACGCGCCCGGAGUGCGUCCGUGCUCUACCGGAACUCAUCUUCACAUUGCACGCUACCAAAAGGAAAUGUUCACCGGUCGAGCCACGUGUUGGGUUAUCGAAGGGACGAACAUCUUUAACAGAUGCCCGUCUCGGCCACCUUGUUAAUAUAAUGUUAGGAGAUCUACCAGUACCUUUGUUCUGAUGCGCAUGCGAGGCAACACAACAUGUCAUUUUCUGUGAUUGCCUUUCGGAUUGUGAUUUCUAGCAGAGAUACGGCAACGCUAAUAAAAUUGUUUUAAAUGUGAAGACGCACGAGUAGUUUUUCACAAACAUUA